AUGGUUCACUAUUACGAAUCUCUCCCCGAAGAUCUCAGAGAAUGGGCAUUGCAGCAGAAAGUGUUCUUUACAGCAUCGGCCCCUCUCAGAGGUCGUCACGUCAAUGUUUCCCCGAAAGGCCUCUUAGAUGCGACUUUUCACAUCUUUGAUCCCAACCAUGCGGCAUACAUGGACUCCGCCGGCACAGGGAUCGAGAUGAUUUCCCAUGUAUAUGAGAACAAGAGAAUUACGCUUAUGUUUUGUAGUCUGGAUGAAAAGCCUCGAAUAAUGCGACUCUUUUGUACUGGUACUGUUAUCCAACGAACGGAUCCGAAAUUCCCAGGCCUCAUUGAAUCCAUGGGCAAGAAGGAAUUUCCUGGAAUAAGAGCAGUCAUCAUGCUUGACAUACUGAAAGUUCAAACUUCUUGCGGCUACGGCGUGCCUCUCCUCGAGCGCGUCAACUACUCAGAGCACUUGGGAGAACGAUCGGAAAAUCGCAAAUGCUACAAAGACCGGCCGACUUUAGAAAAGAUGCUAGGCACAAUUGUGAAAAAGGGCAAGCUGGAUCCAUUCCUGCAGGAGUCAAAUGCCCGAAGCAUAGACGGCUUGCUGGGUCUGCGUGAAGCAAGAAAAAUGAGAGGGGAAUGGUUAUUCGCUUAUGAUGUUGGUGCAUGGGUGCGCCGACAGCUCUUCCAAGGCCCUGCUAUCACUUUUGGUGUCUUCAUCGGCUUUUUCCUUUGUUCCUAUGGAAUUGCGAUUUUAACACACAUCGUUGAUCUCACACUUAAAAUGUACACAAUGACUGCUAGGGUCUGA